ACUGAACUAGGUUAUCAUACAGGACCUUUCAAACCAAUUACUGAACGACCACGUGGGUUGCAAAACAGGAAAUGUGCUGCAUGGAACCUGUUGGAAGAACAACUGUGUUGGUUUUAGACUCUCAGAUGGGAUUUGACAGGCGGCAACUUGAGCUGCUCUGCAAGUAAGAAGCCAUAUGCCGGGGAAGACACACGCACACGCACGCACACGCACGCACACACACACACAGGAGGUGGAUUACCCCAGUACUGCUAAAGACCUGCUUGGGAUGGGUCACGCUUUGGACCGGUGCUGGAGCUGACGAGGAAAGCCAAGCCAUCGCAACCGGAAUGGAGGUACAUCCUUUUGUUACGGGUCUUCAGGUGCUCACCAUUUGGGAAAAAGCCCAAUUCUUUUACCAGGGAAUUCUGGAGAACGGAGACAAGAGGACAGACAGCUGGCUGCUGGUCUACUCCCCUGCACCCAUCAGUGGGAUAUUCUUGUGCUACCUGCUCAUUAUAUGGGCCGGGCCAAAGCUGAUGGCAAAGAGGCAGCCUGUCAACCUCAAGCUGGUCUUGAUCGUUUACAAUUUGGCCAUGGUCUGCCUGUCUGCAUACAUGUUCUACGAGUUCACAGCAGUUUCCUGGAUGUCCAGAUACAGUCUGCUGUGCCAGCCGGUCGACUACAGUGACAGUCCACUGGCUGUGAGGAUGGCCAGAGUGUGCUGGUGGUUUUACUUCUCCAAAGUUGUGGAGCUCAGCGACACAAUGUUUUUCAUUCUGAGGAAAAAGAACAACCAGCUGACCUUCCUCCAUGUCUACCAUCACACCACGAUGAUCUUUAACUGGUGGGCAGGGGUUAAAUACGUGGCAGGGGGCCAGUCGUUCCUGAUUGGCCUGAUCAACUCCUUGGUUCACGUGGUGAUGUACCUCUACUAUGGUCUUGCAGCCUUCGGACCACAUAUGACAAAGUACCUGUGGUGGAAACGCUACCUCACCAUCCUACAGCUGGUUCAGUUUUUCAUCGUAAUCAUCCACACGGCGUACAACCUGUUUGCUGACUGUGACUUCCCCGACUCCAUGAACAUGAUUGUGCUGGCCUACUCUGUCAGCCUCAUCCUCCUCUUCAGUCAUUUCUACUACCGCAGCUACCUGACGUCCAAGAAGACCAUCUAACUAUCCCACAAUUGAAAAUGACGUGUGCGGAAAAAUGGGGCAAAUCGGUGAUGUAAACAUUCGCGGGGCUCAGCCUCGGACGCAGUACAUCGCGUGUCUCGAUGAAUAAAACCAUGAUUCCUAAUCAUGAAA